AUCUCAGUGAACAAAGCUCAGUACGAAGAAUGCUGAAAAUGGUGGCAUCUCCAGACCAAGAACACCCCAAGAAGGCUAUUGGAUGGGCCGCCAGGGACACUUCUGGUGUUCUCUCCCCGUUCAAUUUCUCAAGAAGGGAAACCGGUGAGAAAGAUGUGGCCUUUAAGGUGUUGUACUGUGGGAUAUGCCAUUCUGAUCUUCACAUGGUCAAGAACGAAUGGGGUGCUUCUACCUACCCUCUGGUUCCUGGGCAUGAAAUUGUUGGUGUUGUGACUGAGAUAGGGAGUAAAGUGCAGAACAUCAAGGUUGGAGACAGGGUCGGUGUAGGAUGUAUGGUGGGAUCUUGCCGAACCUGUGAUAAUUGUGCUGACCACCUAGAGAACUACUGCCCGAAGCUGGUACAAACUUAUAGUUCCAGGAACUUUGAUGGAACCAUAACUUAUGGGGGUUACUCUGACAUCAUGGUGGCUGACGAGCAUUUUAUUGUUCGUAUUCCGGAGAACCUCCCUCUUGAUGGUGCUGCUCCUCUCUUAUGUGCCGGCAUUACAACUUACAGCCCCUUGAGACAUUUUGGACUAGACAAACCUGGUAUGCAUGUGGGCGUGGUUGGUCUAGGUGGUCUAGGCCAUGUGGCUGUGAAAUUCGCAAAGGCUCUGGGGCUUAAGGUCACAGUGGUCAGUACCUCCCUGAAGAAGAAGGCGGAAGCUGUUGAACGACUCAAUGCUGAUUCAUUUUUGGUCAGCAGUGAUCAAAAUGAAAUGCAGGCCGCCAUGGGCACAAUGGAUGGGAUCAUUGACACGGUUUCUGCACUCCAUCCUCUCGUGCCUUUGAUUGGUUUGUUGAAGGCUCAUGGAAAACUUGUAAUGGUUGGUGCACCAGAGAAGCCUCUUGAGCUUCCAGUCUUUCCUUUGCUCAUGGGAAGGAAGCUAGUAGCUGGUAGUUGUAUUGGGGGUAUGAAGGAGACACAGGAGAUGAUCGAUUUUGCUGCCAAGCACAACAUAACAGCUGACAUUGAGGUUAUCCCUAUUGAUUAUUUGAACACUGCCAUGGAGCGCCUUGUCAAAGCAGAUGUCAGAUACCGGUUUGUCAUUGACAUUGGAAACACGUUGAAGGCCAGCUCUUGAACUUAUCUUACAAGUACAAAGUGAUUCAAAAAUGAAAUGAGAUUGGAAAGACUUAUGUAGUGUACAUUAUGCAUAUGUGCAUAAUACAAUAGGCUGGACCUGGAUUUAGAAUAAAUGAAACAAUUUGUUUUUUCUUUUGCCAUGAGGAAAUGAAAUAUUGACUUAUUUGAGAAUGAA